CAAGUGCAAAGCAGAAUCACAGCUCAACCAGACUCGAGCUAGUCCGCUGCUCUGAUCAGCUCCGGUCAGAAUCGUUUCAACACUCGUCGGAGUAACACACAGCUCUCAAAGUGCUCGCUCUCUCUCGGCUUUAUCGACCAGUCCGCAGUUGUAGCUGAACGAGGAAAAAUAAGUGCCAACGUUGUCUGUCGGACACUUGCGUGUUUGAAGCCUGGGAAAAGGAGCAUCGUUUUCGGAUGCGCGUGUGAGGGAUCAAUUUGUUUCGCGAUUCCCUCGGUGAAAGUGAUUUUUCUUUUUUCGCGCAUUUCGUGACCAAGUGAAAAAAUAAACAAACAUCUGAUUCUGCCAAUAGGCAAAUCCUACGUCAAGUGAUGAAACAGUGUGCCUUUGGAGGAAGAACCAACAAGUUUUGAAAAGUAACCUACGAAGGUUGUGAUAUAAACGAAAUAAAUCUGAUACUGUGAAUCAAAGUGUGCCUUGAGUUCAAGGUGAGCAGUACAACGUUUCCGCAGUGAGUCGUGGAUUUUACAUCAACAGUGGAUAUUCUACAAAGUUACAAACUAAACAGAAUGGUUACCGGAAUAGGAACCACGCAGCAGCAGGUUGGCGCUAUGCCGACUACCUCGCAAAUGCCACCGACCGAACAGCCGGUCGUGAAGCGGCCCGGUGACAAUCGCAGGAGUAACAAGCCAAUUAUGGAAAAACGCCGCCGAGCUCGGAUCAAUAAUUGUUUGAACGAGCUGAAAACGUUAAUUUUGGAUGCCAUGAAAAAAGACCCUGCCCGUCACUCCAAACUAGAGAAGGCAGACAUCCUGGAAAUGACGGUGAAGCACCUGGAGAACCUCCAGCGUCAGCAGAACGCCAUGUCCCAGGCGACAGAUCCAAACAUAAUGAACAAAUUUAAGGCCGGUUUCAACGAGUGUGCCCAGGAGGUCAGCCGGUUCCCCGAUAUCGAACCAAUGACCCGGCGCCGUCUUCUCGCUCAUCUGAGCAACUGCAUCAACGGAGUGAAAGCCGACUUCCCGAAACCUCGCCAACCGUCGGUCCAAGUGCACAUACUACCCUCUCCGCCAAGCUCCCCGGAGCAGGACCACCACUCGCAGCCUCAUCCCGCUCAGAUCAAUGCCGUUCAAACCGGCAACGGAGUUUUCUUCACCAACAACGUCGGUUCCAGUGUCCAGCUGAUUCCAACCAAACUCCCCAAUGGAAGCCUCGCAUUCGUUCUCCCUCAAGCCAUUCCUGCUGCCACCGCUCCCGUCCCAAUGCUAGUUCCCAUCCCGAGCCGUACCGCUUCAACCGGCUCGGCCGCAUCCAGCCAUUCAUCCUCCUCCGUGUACGACCGUGUUCCUCGAGAACAUGCAACGUCACCGUACCACGCACCGCCGAGUCCAGCUAACUCCAACUAUGAACCGAUGGAUUGUCACUCCACGGGAACACCUGACCAACAGCAAUACCUCCAAUCUCAGCAGAUGCGCUUCCAGCAGCAGCAGCAACAGCAACGAUCCUACAGUCCCGACAGCCCUCUGUCGUUGGUCAUGAAGAAGCCCUACCAGGACCCGAACCUCAAUCAGGACGAUAGCCAACCGUGGCGACCAUGGUAAAAGUCGACCGCACGUGUCACACCCGUUGAGUCAUAAACAAUUAGUACCUUUACCGCCAGUCAUCAAACGCAGCGUGACAACGUCGACGACGACGACAACGGCAGCCGGAAGUUCAAACGCGCUCGUGUCCACCGCGAGCACCGAACAAUGUAGUGCUCCACCACCUUCACGUUCGCGUAAAUCACAAAUACCUCCGCUAAAAUAGUUUAAAUAGCACACCCCGUUUGUGAUAGCUAGACAACAACAACAGCAGCAACAACAAUGUACCUUCGAACACGAGGCGGCAACGAGAGGUCACGAGCUCUGUCGUUCUCGGCUCGCGAGAGUGUACGCUUUCCCACACUCGAUUGUAUUUUACCGUAGCGCGACCAAGCCGUGCUAAAAUAGUGCCACACAGCAAAGUGCGAGAGUGAGUGAGCGCAGCAAGCCGCCUGGGGCCAAGUAGUGUAGUGGCAACAAAAUUGUGAACUCGCUACAAAGUGUGUAAUUGAAGCGCACCCAAGCCCGGCGAAGAACAAACGAGACCCCGCAGGCAGAAAAAAAGAAGAAGAAACCGAUCGCGCGGCACGAGGCAAAAUUUAUUUUUACAUUUGAGAGAGUAUAACUUUUUAUCACAUCAGCGAAUGGGUGAGUGAGCGAAACGAAGGGAUGCGCCGUUCAGGGCUUACGAGCGCGCGCGCGUGUUUGUGUGCCGAAAAACUACGCUUUUCGUUAUUCGUCGACGGACAAUAGAUCAUAGCGGCCGAUUGACGUGUUACACCGUAACCUUGAGAGGGUGCCUAAUGACUUACGCACAUGCCGAUUUGCGGUUCACCUGAUGGAAGCGCGCGCGGUAUUACUUACUAGUCAUCCAAAAAAUCGUGGGGCUUUUGCGGUUAAAACUGACGGUGGCGGUAGCUUGUGAUUCAUCUACCUGCUGACGUUGUCGUCUUCGUCCUCGUCGUCGUCACCUAUUUUUUGUUGUUGCUCUGGUGGUAACACUAUUUAGCAAAUAACAACAGAAGAAUAAUACAAAAAAAUGCACCCAACCACUCCCUCUGCUGGAGGUUCGAGCAAAGUGGAAUCAUAGCUGUGAAUAAUCGUAAGGUUUAGCGUGAUAAAGCAACACAAAAGCAAACAGAAAGGAGUUCAAAACUUUACAAAAAAAUAAUAUAUUCGUCGUAUCCUACUGGUAGCAGCAAGCUUUUAAAAAUUUACACCUAGACAAACACGAACAAUCAUGUGAUUAGCUCUUAAAAUUUUCGUUUAAGAUAGCCUCAAUCCAUUUUUCGUUCGCCCUAAAUUACCCCUUCACGGUUCUGUAGCAGAUUCGUGUAGUGUGAAGGAACAAGCAUGUGUGUAUAUAAAUUUAGUUCUUAUAAUUUGUAUUUUCCCCCGAAAAAAAGCGCGACAUUAAUCACAAAGGUCUUCCAUUAGAAACGAACAGCAAUUGAUAAUUAGACGGGAGAAUGUGCGGGAUUCGAAAAAAGAAAAAGUCGAAAGGUCGCCGCUCAGUCAUAGACUCUCUCUCACUCUUUUCUGGUUCAUUCUUCACCCAUCAGACCGCAGAAAGAGAAAAGCGAAUAAUUUAUUCAUCAAAAAAAGAAGGCGAGCAGAGAAUCCAACCGAAGCAAUCAGCGGGAAGAGGAAGCGACUCUCGUCAGAGUUUAGGCGGAUACGGUAUUUUUUUUUUAUCAGCGCUGUCAGGUCUUCUUUUGUAGAUUUCUUUACUUCUUUUUCGUUCUUUUUUAAUGUGCGCAUAGUGUGUAAGGUUAGUCUGUAGAUAAAGAAAAACGGUAGGCAUUAUUAUUUAUAGAGACAGAACAAUAACAACAAAAAUACCCAAGAUUUGAUGCAAUUUUUCUACUAGAAAAAUGGAUUAAUACAAAAGCAAUCUAAUUAGGUGUAGCGAAGUAGCCACUGGGAAGUGUUCCCAGGAAUAACUAUUGUGUGACACAAAGAUAGAGAUGAUGAUGAUGAUGUGAGAACUAUUUUAUUAAACAACAGAGAAAAUUCUAAAAAUGAUAAACAAGAGAAAAUAUAAAAUAUUUUACAAAUGCAUUCAA